GUUUGCUCGGCUGUUAGAGACACGGCUGUGAGCCAGAGUGGGAGAUGGACUGAGUGAGGGCGCUCUUUCGACCAGUGCAGCCGAUUUAGCAUUGCAAUACCCAGAAGCUAGGCUGAAAAAUAACUGGUGAUUUCAGGUCGCUGAAUCAACACGAAAACAUAGUGCAGUUAUCAGUCUUUCACAUCCCACUCCAAUCACACUAACACGGCAUUGAUGGUAAUGUAUGCAAGGAAACAACCGAGACUCGGCGAUGGGUGCGACCGAAGAGAUUCUCAGCCCUAUCAGACUCUCAAAUACUCAUCCAAGAGCCAUCCAGGAGGGGACCACCGGCAUGACAAGAUGCGAGACUCUUCAGACGUCACCCCUCCCUGCAAGAUGCUCAGGAGAUCUGACAGCCCUGAAAACAAGCACAUCGACAGCACGGGACACAGUAGAGCAAAGGGUGUCCACACGCACCGGGCCAGAGACAGGGAUGGAGGGACCAGUUAUUCUCCACAGGAAAAUUCUCACAAUCACAGUUCCCUUCAUAGCUCCAACUCACAUUCUAACCCCAGCAAGACCUCAGACACACCUUAUGAACCUGGUGAUGACUGGUCAGAGCACAUCAGUUCCUCUGGAAAGAAAUACUAUUACAACUGCAGGACAGAAGUGUCCCAGUGGGAGAAGCCCAAAGAAUGGCUGGAGAGAGAACAGAGGCAAAAAGAGGCAACAAAGACUGCUGUUGUCAACAGUUUCCCAAAGGACAGGGACUACAGAAGGGAGGCUAUGCAAGCAUCAGCAGCCCCUGGCUUUACUGGACCUAAGUCGGCCCAGGUGGAAAAGCCUGCAGCAGCACUUGCCACCCAGUCUCAGUCGUCAUCUGGCUCUGGGAGCUUGAAUCCGUCAUCAGGCCCACCUGGAUCGUCGGCGUCUACAGUACCCGUGUCUCCAGUCCUUCAAUCCCCAGCUCCUCCGCUCCUCCAGGACCCCACCCUGCUUCGACAGCUUCUCCCAGCACUUCAGACUGCCCUGCAGCUCAACAACGCUAGUGUGGACAUGGCAAAAAUCAACGAAGUUCUCACAGCUGCCGUCACACAAGCUUCAUUACAGUCUAUGCUUCAUAAGAUUCUCACUGCUGGACCGUCAGCUUUCAAUAUCACUACUAUCCUCUCUCAAGCUGCUCAACUAUCCAACCAAGCAGCUCAGCAGUCGAACCAGUCACCAAUGUCAUUAACAUCAGACGCCUCAUCGCCAAGGUCCUAUGUGUCUCCGAGGAUCAGCACACCACAGACCAACGCUGGUCCUCUAAAGCCCCUCCUCAGCACACAGCCUGUCAUCACACAGCCAAAAGUAAGCACGCCAUCAGCAAAGCAGGCAUCUCACCCCCAGCCCACAUCCCAGCAGCCCCUCUCCAGCGAUAAGCAGCACAGUUAUGAUGCGACCACAUCUUCCCCACGCACCCUCCAGCGCCAAGGCAGUCAGAGGAGUCCCUCCCCAGGUCCCAACCACGUCGCCUCCAGCAGCAGCAACGCCUCCAACUCGGCCUCCGCUCCCCCUGCCCCCUCAGCAGCCCGACCCUCCUGCUCCUUCACCCCCACCUUGGCUGCCCACUUCAACGAGAACCUUAUCAAACACGUGCAGGGAUGGCCCGCCGAACACGCAGAGAAGCAGGCAUCAAGACUACGUGAAGAAGCUCACACCAUGGGCAGCAUCUGCAUGUCCGAGAACUGCACCGAGCUCAAAAACCUGCGGUCUUUGGUCAGAGUCUGUGAAAUACAAGCAACAUUGCGUGAGCAGAGGAUACUGUUUCUGAGACAGCAAAUCAAAGAACUUGAAAAGCUGAAGAAUCAGAAUUCUUUUAUGGUCUGAGAACUUCUGAUUUGCAAGUCGGAGCAGGUGUCGGAGAAGAGUGGGGGGGUGGGGGUGGGGAGAACCAUUGCACAUAGUCGGAAGCUGGAGGGAGAACGGGUUGUUCAAUUUCAAUUCCUCUUGAGCCCAGUCUAAACACACAGACACACACAGACACACACACACACACACACACACACACACACACACACACAGGAGCUGUAGUCAGGUUUGCUUUGGACCGUUGGGCUGGGAAUCCAAGAGGGAGAAAUGAAGAGCUGUUGUGGGAGGAUGAGGGGAAGGGGGGAG